GCCGGCACCGGGAGCUGCGCCGCGGAGCACCGGGUCGGGGCAGCGGGAGCACCGGGAGCGCCAAGUCCGGGCAGCGGGAGCGGCACUGCGGAGCACCGGGAGCGUCUGGUCCGGGCACCGGGAGCGCCACGUCCGAGCACCGGGAGCCGUCCCACUGUGCACGGUAGACUGGGACACCGGGAGCCGUCCAGCCGGGCACCGGACACGCACGCUCCAGGCACCGGGAGCCGUCCAGGCGGGACUUGAGUGUAUCCAGUCACCGGGAGUCGUCCAGCCAGCACCGGGCACAGCAAAUCUGGUCACCGGGAGCCAUCCGGGCAGCACCGGGCGCAGCAGAUCCGGACAGGAGGACUGGCCGGCUGGCUGGGCACCAGGCACGGUAAAUCGGGGCGCAGCAGCUCGGGUCACCAUGGGCCCCCCCAGCGUGCUGCCCACCCUGGCCUGGCUGCUGGUGGGGCUGAGCGUGCCGGCACCGUGCCGGAGCCAGCUGCACGGCGAGAAGGGCAUCUCCAUCCCCGACCACGGCUUCUGCCAACCCAUCUCCAUCCCGCUCUGCACCGACAUCGCCUACAACCAGACCAUCAUGCCCAACCUGCUGGGUCACACCAACCAGGAGGACGCGGGGUUGGAGGUCCACCAGUUCUACCCCUUGGUGAAGGUCCAGUGCUCGUUGGAGCUCAAGUUUUUCCUCUGCUCCAUGUACGCGCCGGUCUGCACGGUGCUGGAGCAGGCCAUCCCGCCGUGCCGCUCCAUCUGCGAGCGGGCGCGCCAGGGCUGCGAAGCCCUCAUGAAUAAAUUCGGUUUCCAAUGGCCGGAGCGAUUACGUUGCGAGAAUUUCCCCCGGCAUGGCGCCGAGCAGAUCUGCGUGGGGCAGAACCAUUCGGAGGACGGCGGUUCGCCGGCGUUGCUCACCAGUGCCACGCCGCUGGCCGGCCAGGGCACCCCAGGCGCCCCUCGUUACGCCACCCUCGACCACCCCUUCCACUGCCCGCGGGCGCUGAAGGUGCCCAGCUACCUCAACUACAAGUUCUUGGGCGAGAAGGACUGCGCGGCGCCCUGUGAGCCCACCCGGCCCGACGGCCACAUGUUCUUCAACGAAGAUGAGAUCCGUUUCGCCCGUAUCUGGAUCCUCAUCUGGUCCGUCUUGUGUUGCGCCUCCACCUUCUUCACUGUCACCACCUACCUGGUGGACAUGCAGCGUUUCCGCUACCCUGAGCGACCCAUCAUCUUCCUCUCAGGGUGCUACACCAUGGUGUCAGUGGCCUACAUCGCCGGCUUCGUGCUAGAGGAGAGGGUGGUCUGCAACGAGCGUUUCCAGGAGGAUGGCUACCGCACGGUGGUACAGGGCACCAAGAAGGAAGGUUGCACCAUCCUCUUCAUGAUGCUCUACUUCUUCAGCAUGGCCAGCUCGAUCUGGUGGGUCAUCCUCUCCCUCACCUGGUUCCUGGCUGCCGGCAUGAAGUGGGGCCACGAGGCCAUCGAGGCCAACUCCCAGUACUUCCACCUGGCUGCCUGGGCCGUGCCGGCCGUCAAGACCAUCACCAUCCUGGCCAUGGGGCAGAUCGACGGGGACCUGCUGAGCGGCGUCUGCUUCGUGGGCCUCAACAACAUCGACCCUCUCCGGGGCUUCGUGUUGGCCCCGCUCUUUGUCUACCUCUUCAUCGGUACCUCCUUCCUUCUGGCCGGCUUCGUCUCCCUCUUCCGCAUCCGCACCAUCAUGAAACAUGGCGGGACCAAAACGGAGAAGCUGGAGCGGCUGAUGGUUCGCAUCGGGGUCUUCAGCGUCCUCUACACCGUCCCUGCCACCAUCGUCAUCGCUUGCUAUUUCUACGAGCAGGCUUUCCGUGAGCACUGGGAGCGCAGCUGGAUCAGCCAGAACUGCAAGAGCUUGGCCAUCCCCUGCCCGCUCCACUUUACCCCCCGCAUGACCCCCGAUUUCACCGUCUACAUGAUCAAGUAUCUCAUGACUCUCAUUGUGGGCAUCACCUCCGGCUUUUGGAUAUGGUCGGGUAAAACCCUGCACUCGUGGAGGAAGUUCUACACGCGGCUCACCAACAGCAAGCAGGGUGAGACGACGGUGUGACCCCCCCCCGAGCCCGGCCGCCGCCGCCCUUCGGCUUGAAUUUUUUGGGGGGGUUUUAUUAUAUAUUUUUUAUUUUUAGAUUUAUUAACGUCUAAGGGGUGUCUCUCUUUCUCUUUGAUUUUUUUUUUUUGUAAUUAAACCUGUAAAUAGCA